AUGCGCCCAAUCUUUGGCGUCCAGGUCACCAGGGAUCGCCCGCCGACACCCCGACUCGGCGUCACAGAUGCCGUGGAUGCGAUGGAAGACGACGUAGACGUGAUUGAAAAGUUUGGGAGACCGGAUGCGUUUGCGGCGUACUUCUCCGACAGCAACGUCACCUACGACCACCGACCACCCGUAUUUUCCGAAGAGCUCGGGCUCGCUGUGGAACAGCUGAAGGACGGAUUUACCAUUUCGGAUCUGUGGUCCGUGCAUACUGAU